AUGAAGAAUGACAUUUAUUUCUUCUCUUGGUUUAUGGUACCGGCUACAAAUCCGAAAAUCCAUGGGUGCAUUAACAAUGGGAGAGGAAUUACUGUGGACCGCAGUUUCGAUGUUUUGCACAUUUUUGUGCAAAUUUCGUAUUUAGUUGAUUUUGGAAAACGAUGCUUCACAAGAACACCUUCUCCAUUGGACCCUAUUGAUUGGCCAGCAAUGCCCCGGGUGGUCCGAGAAAAAGUGGUUGAUUUUUUGGAUAUAAAAACCAGAUAUGCCCUCCGCCGCUGCUCCAAAUCUGACCAAGCUCUUGUGGAGCGUAGUUUGAAAAUCAUCGAAGCCGACGAAGCAGCAACGGUGUUAAGAAGCAUUUUGAAGCGAGUUCUAACUAAAAAUCUAGUCAUCGAAUGCCAUAAAAUACACAACCUUCGUCGAUUUCUAGAAGCCUGGGCUCCGGAAGAGCAUAAUGUGAAGAUUCGAACAAUAAAACUGACAUGGAACUGUCAAAUGGAAAGUGCCAGAGAAUUGCGAAGAGUUUUGGCAUUGGUUCAGAAUGAUUUAGUGACCGAAGUUCUUGUUAAUGACGGAUUUUUGAUAAAUCUUGAUUGGUUGAUGAGAAGCAAGUUUUGGAAUCUACUAAAAGCAGUUUACCCACAUCAGGAUGUCUUCAUUGAUGUCCAAAAACAUUGUUCCUUGAAAGUGGUUGAAAUUUAUUUUGUUGGGGUCGACGACGAUGGAAGCUGUUAUAAAAAGGAGGUUCUCCGCACCGAAGAUCCAUCGGCAUUUUAUGAAGACGAUGUCGAUUCUAUUCAUCUUCCAAGACAAACUUUCACUUUUUCCGAAAUUACAGAGAGAUUGAAGAGACUUGAAGUAGGACUACAAUGGGAUGAAGAAGAAAAGAGCAGUUGGCUGGGCCAAAAAAAUCAGUUUUAA